GCUCUCUCUCUUCUUCUUUCGUGUUUACGUCUCUGGGCUCUCGUCGAUUCUGUCCUGCUCGACAGUCGCUCGUUGGCAUCCGAGGUGGGAGCCCAGGUCGCUCUGUGCAUCAUCUCAUCGUUCUCGUCGCUCCUUUGACAACUAUUUAAUUUCUCAUUUGAGGAGAUCUGACUUCAGCUACCGAUUCUUGUCUCACAUUCCAGCCGAAAAACACAGCUCACAUUCCAGAAACCGACUUUAUUGAAACGGCUAUCUCUCGUCCGCUCCCCGUCAAUCAUGCUUAUUCACUCGGCGCUCCUGGCGCUCGGUGCCACUUUUGCUGUAGCUCUCCAGCCUCUGGAGGUGCAGGGCGAGUACUUCAUCAACCCCAAGACCGGCAACCGUUUUCAGAUUGUCGGUGUCGCGUAUCAGCCGGGCGGCGCUGCGGGCUACAAUGAGGAGUCGGGCCGUGAUCCGCUGAGCAAUGCCGAUAUUUGCAUGCGCGAUGCUGCUCUGCUCCAGAUUCUCGGCGUGAACACGAUCCGGGUCUACAACGUUAACCCUAACGUGAAUCACGAUGAGUGUGCCAGCAUCUUCAAUGCCGCCGGCAUGUACAUGAUUCUCGAUGUCAACUCGCCACUGGUCGGCGAAUCCCUGACGAGCUAUCACCCGUGGGAAUCGUACUAUGCCGCCUACCUGAACCGCACCUUCGCUGUUGUCGAGGCUUUCAAGAACUACCCCAACACCCUGGCCUUCUUCUCCGGAAACGAGGUGCUCAACAACGAGGAGACGGGUGCUGAUGUGCCGCCUUACAUGCGCGCCGUCACUCGCGACAUCAAGAACUAUGUCAAGAAGCAUUCCUCGCGGCCCAUCCCGGUCGGCUACUCAGCCGCCGACGUUCGUGAUAUUCUGUUCGACACGUACAACUACUUCCAGUGCUCUCUCGAGGGUGACGAUGGCGACAUGAGCAUGGGCGACAUCUUUGCCCUCAACAGCUACAGCUGGUGCGGCGACAGCUCCUUCAAGAAGGCCAAGUACGACCAGCUGGUCGAAGGUUUCAAGGGCAACUCUGUGCCCAUCUUCUUCUCCGAGUUCGGCUGCAACACGCCCUACCCUCGCGUCUUCACCGAGGUCGGCACCAUCUAUGGCCCCGACAUGACGGGCGUCUUCUCCGGCGGCGUCGUCUACGAGUACACCCAGGAGCCCAACAACUACGGCUUGGUGAACAUGACAGAGGACGGCUCCGCCACCCUCAUGGGAGACUUCCUGUCGCUGCAGAGCCAGUACGCCAAGCUCAACUUCACCGAGAUCCAGGCCCAGAAGCCCGCCUCCACCUCGACGCCCAAGCCGCCCGUGUGCGACGCCAAGCUCAUCACCACCAAGGGCUUCAACUCCAACUUCACCCUGCCCAAGCUGCCCCCAGGAGCCCAGGAGAUCAUCGACAAGGGCGUCAAGCCGACCCCGAGCGGCAAGCUGGUCGAGAUCAAGGACUGGAACGUCAAGUUCACCGUCAAGAACCCCGACGGCAGCGUCAUCUCCAACCUGCACGUCGUCCCGCUCAAGGACGAUACCAUCAACCACCCCGGCUCCAACACCGACGCCACCACCGCGGAAGCCUCCACCACCGGCAGCGGUACCGGCACUGGCACCGGCACCUCAUCCUCAGCUGCUUCGUCCACCCCCAGCCGGGACGCCGCGCCUCGCGCUGGCGCCGUUGUCCUCCCUGCCGUGGCAAUGGGCGCUCUGGCCGCCGUGGCUGGUUUUGCCCUUUAAAGCCCCCGGCAUCGAGGACUGGUUGUUGGGAGAACAUGCCGUGAAUUGCGUCGGUCAUAACGGGGGGUUGUGGCGGUCAGAUCUUGAGACUUUGCUAUAAUGUACGGGGUGUGUGUUUCUUGUAGAUAGGUAGCUUGAGUCAAAGCAUAGUAGGGAGGGAAGGGGGAGAACUGGUUUCUUUCAGUCCUCGGAUUAUCGCUUCUUCAGCUUGCAUGCGGCUCUCUCAUGACCGUGUAUAAUGUGAUACCAUGUUCUUCUGCUUUAUUUUUGCUCUGGAGAUGG